AUGGAGCCGGCAGCGCUCGGCCGCCUCCGGCGCCUCCUGCCCGCCGCCCCGCGGGCCCCGCGGCCCGGGCGCGGCCUAGCGCCGUCCCGCGGCGGGCAGACAGGCGGCGGCGGAGCUCCGCGGCCGCGCCGCGACCUGUACGACGUGCUGGGGGUCCCGGCCACGGCGACGGCGGCGCAGAUCAAGACGGCGUACUACGAGCAGUCGUUCCGCUACCACCCCGACCGCAACGCCGGCAGCGCCGCCGCCGCCGCUCGCUUCGCCGCCGUUAGCGAGGCCUACCGGGUGCUGGGCAGCGCCGCCCUGCGCCGCAAGUACGACCGCGGCCUCCUCAGCCCCGAGGACCUGCGCGGCGCCCCCCAGCCCUCGGGCCGCCCGCCCGCCGCCGCCCGCCCGCCGCCCCCGGCCCCCGCCGCCUCGCGCCGUGGGCCCGUCCCGCCGCCCUUCGACUUCGACGCCUUCUACCGGGCGCAUUACGGGGAGCAGCUGGAGCGGGAGCGGGUGCUGCGGGCGCGGCGGGAGCAGCUGCGUCUCCGCCGGGAGGAGGCCGCGGUCCAGGGACGCUUCCGGCUCCUCUCCGACCUCUCGGUCGGGCUCAUCUUCUUCCUGGGUUUCGCUGUCCUCUACGGCCUCAAGUGACAGCGGGGCCACAGCAGGGCUGGGCAGCCACCGGGGCACUCAGCCAGCUCCACUGCUGCGGCGGGACAGAAUGUCACCAGUGGGCAUGGCAGCUGGCUGGGGUUGUCUCCUGCCCUCACACAGUUGGCAGGCACCGUGUGUGGGGUCUGCUCCUCAGGCUGUGACAUUUCCCCUCUGCCGGUGUGCCCUUCAGACACAGAAUGUGACCAGCGGGCACCGUGCGCGGGCUCUGCUCCUCAAGCUGAGACGUCUCCUUUCUGGCAGUGUGACCUUCAGAGACGGUGCACAACCAGCGGGCUCCAUGUGCGGGCUCUGCUCUGUGGGCUGUGACCUGACCCCUCUGCUGGCGUGACCUUAAGACAUGGAGUGCAACUGGCAGGCACAGUAUGUGGCUGUGAUGUGACCUCCACAAGUGUGACCUGCAGACAGCGUGUGACCACUGGAUACCACGUGUGGGCUCUGCUCGGCAGGCUGCGAUGUCCCCCUGCCGCCAGCGUGACCUUGCAGAGGUGGUGUAGGGGCCUGACAGCUGCGAUGCGCCCCAUCUGCCGGUAUGACAUGCAGACACAGUGCCUGACAGGACUUGCCUCACUGUGUGGCGAGUGCGGAAGUCUUGCCUUCAGCAGCUUGGAAGAACGAAACCUGGGCUCGUGGUGGCUCGUGUCCUGAUCCGUGAGCAACAUCGCCUGGAGGCACUGCCCAGAACACUUCUGUGUUCAGAACAGCCUGUCCUGUCUAGGGCUUGCCAGGAACUUCGCACAAGACCAUCCUGCACAGGCCUUUGUGGCUGGGAGUGGUAUGCUUCUGAGCACUGAGUGGCAUUACUUGUGUUUUACAUGUAUCUAAGUGUCAUUUGCACAUAAGAGUAUUUGCCUAUUUAAGUAUUGAAGUGUUUUAAGAACUAAA